CGUCCGAAAGUAGAAGAAGAUUCUAAGUAUCUUUUUAUGACCUUCAAAUCACUUAAUUGGAAUGAAGAAAACAGAUGCCUUGAUGAAGAACAAUUAUCAUUUAUACUGCUAGAUAAAACGGUUUUAUCCUUUCAAGAAAUUCCUGGUGAUCAGUUUGAUCAAAUUAGGACUCGACUCAAUACUGAUGGCUCUAUCAUAAGGACAAAAGAAGUAGAUUAUCUUUUCUAUAGACUUUUGGAUGUAACAGUAGAUAAUUACUUCGAAAUAUUAGAAAAACUAGGUGACUAUCUCGAAGAAAUAGAAGAUGGCAUCAUGCAUCAUCCGACAGCUCAAGAUCUUGAAAAAAUCCAAGAGAAUAAAAAGGACAUUAUGCAAUUGCGUAAACACAUCUAUCCGCUUCUUGGUGUGUAUGGGAUGAAUUUUGAUAACAUGCCUGAACUAAGAUGGCAUUAUGGUUACUUUUAUAUUUGGGGCUUUAUGAUUGUAGUCACU